CACCACAUUUGGCAGAGAUGAUCAACAGCCUGCAAUAUGACAUCGACGAGCUGUGCUUCAGGGUAAUGCGGCUCAGCCUUAACACCAGGCACGCAAAUACACCCGACAGCACAGACAAGCGGUGUGAGCAGACUGCAGAGCGAAAAGAGCGCUCAAAAGAGAAAGGCUGUUCAAAGAGACGCUCGGUGGAGAAGAAGGCAGAAGAUCAGCCACCACCACAGCACAGCCAACAUCCACGGCCACCUGGGCAGAAGCGGAAGCAAUACAACAACAGCCCAGAAAAAGACAUCAGCCUUACGGACAACACUGCAGGCAAACAGCAUGAGGAAUUUGUCCCAGUGGCCAAGAAGAGGUGCAGAGGCUUGCCUGCAUUCCAACCAUCUCUGUAUGCAAAUAGCCUCUCCUGCAGCAGCUCAAACAAGGCUCAGCUGAGCUGUGCUUCAGCUCCACCUCUUGCUGCCCAACAUCACACAGGGCAAGAAAGCUGCAAGGCAGAAGGCCCCAACACGGGCAAAAAGGACAGGCUCCAGCCUGAACCUCUGCAACCUAAACCGGCAGAGAGGGAAAAACCAUCAGGCAAACACAAAUGCAAAACAAAACACCUAGAUGUGCAGGGGAGCAGGAAAAGAUCAUUUCUGGCAAUGGACGACCCCUUCGCCAUCGAAGACACCCGAGACAUGGUCGCAGUGCCAAAAAAGAGGAGGAGAUUAGCAGAGCCCAUUUUACAUCAUGGCUCCUCCCCUGCCAUAACCAACCAGCAGAGGCUGCACAAGCAGCUGCAGCAGCCCCCCUCUCUGCCGACCCUCUAG